UUUAUAAAAUUUGCUUAUUCUCGUUUGCAUACAUUACCUUCGUCCUGUAAUGAUUUCGUCGACUUGUAAAAAAAUUGCUGAAUCGCAAAGCGCUGAAUCGGUACGCGUAUCAGAUUCGAUACGAUCACGAUCUGAUUUCUCGUUGACAGCGAAGCUGCACACUCGUCUCUCAAGCUUAUAUACCCGGUGUCGCCGGAGAGACGCAUACGAUGAGAAGAGCGUUACGACGAAUCGCGAGGUCGAUGAACCUCCACGGCGACUUCAACAUUUCGUUCACCAACUGUGGAGUACUAGGAUGCGACCCGCGGCUUGUAAUACCAAAUGAAAAUGGUGUUCUCCCUUCCUGGAGCUUCCCCGGCUAUGACCUGGGAAUUCCUUUCUUCGGCACGAUGCUGUCCCUGAUAAUGGAAGGAGGCGCACAGAAGUUGCACGAAUACGUAGACAAGAGACACCGAGAACUUGGACCAGUCUUUAGGGACUAUAUCGGACCAUUGCGAGCCGUCUUUGUUAAUUCGCCCGAUGAAUACCGGAAAAUAUUCCUGCAACUUGAAGGUCCUAUGCCGCAGCACUUCUUGCCAGAAGCUUGGAAGUUAUACAACGAAAUCCGGAAGCAGCAUCGAGGAUUGCUCUUUAUGGACGGAGACGAAUGGUUACAUUUCCGAAAAAUUCUCAAUAAGGCAAUGUUGGGAUCUAACCCAGAGAAAUAUAUGUGCGCACCUUGUCAGGAAGCUGCCGAAAAUCUAGUAAAGAAGUGGAAAAAUUAUAGCCGAACCGGCUGUACAAUACCAGAGUUGCAACAUCAACUGUAUCAAUGGUCUAUCGAAGUGAUGCUAGCGACUCUAAUGGGUUCGCGAUGGCGCGAUUGCGAGCAGCAAAUGCGGUCCGACAUAGAAUCCGUAGCAUUGAUGCUACAUCAGAUUUUUAUGUAUUCUGCAACUCUUUCAAUGAUGCCAGCCAAGUUGGCGAUGAGACUCAAAUUGCCGGUAUGGACCAAGUUCGUCAAGACUGUCGACGUAAUUCUAGACAAGGUGCGCAAUCUG